GACGAAGCUCGACGCAGCCAGGACGCAGUCUCUUCCAGCAUCAUCAUCUCCACCCUCCAUCAUCUUCCUUUGGGAAUAAGCUUUCAAAAAGCUGGAGUCUUUCUUCGCUUUAACACUCAGUUAUAACUUCUGACAUCAACAUGUCUGACAAAAGUGAGCUGAAGGCUGAGCUGGAGAGGAAGAAGCAACGGAUUGCCCAGAUCCGGGAGGAAAAGAAGAGAAAAGAAGAAGAGAAAAAAAAGAAGGAUGGAGAAUCCAAACGUGGCGCUGAGGGAGGACCGGUCGGCAGUGAGGACUCCGAUCUGGAGAGGAAGAGGAGAGAAGCCGAGGCUCUUCUUCAGAGCGUUGGCAUCACCCCUGAUGUCCCUCAUGGUAAAUCUCAGCCCCUGAGGGUAGUAACAGAGGAUACGUGUCUGUUUCACUACCUAGUCCCUGCCCCAAUGUCUCCCUCCAACAAAUCAGUGGGCAGCGAUGCUGGAAGCCAAGAUUCUGGGGACGGAAACGCAGGACCAAGGACUUUGCAUUGGGAUCCUGACCCCUCCACUCUGCAACUCCACUCCGACUCUGAGCUGAUGGGACGUGGAGCGGUAAGACUUGGGAUGUCCAAACUGAUCCAGGUGGAUAUCGUCCCAAAAGAAAUGGUGUCCUACUCCAAAGAAACACAGACACCCACAGAGGCGAUGGCUCACGGUGAUCAAAAAGCAGAUGAAGAAGAGGAUGAGGAGAUAAGCCCUCCUCCAAUGACAGAGGAUACCCAGGAUGACAAAAAAGAGCAGGAUGAACAUCAGGAAGAGGACACUCCCAAGGAGCUGACAGAAGAAGAGAAGCUGCAGGUCCUUCAUUCGGACGAAUUCUUGUCGUUUUUUGAGCGCGGCAGCAGAAUCGUUGAGCGAGCUCUGGCUGAGCAUGUCGAUGUCUGCUUCGACUACAGCGGGAGGGAUCUGGAGGAUAAAGAAGGUGAAUUGCAGGCUGGAGCAAAACUUGUUUUGAUCAGACAGUUUGCAGAUGAGCGCUGGACUAAAAACCGCGUUGUCACUUGCCUGGACUGGUCUCCUCAGUACCCGGAGCUGCUGGUGGCUUCAUAUAACAACAACGAGGACGCUCCACAUGAGCCCGAUGGUGUAGCACUUGUCUGGAACAUGAAGUACAAGAAGGCCACUCCUGAGUACAUCUUCCACUGCCAGUCGGAGGUGAUGUCAGCUAGCUUUGCAAAGUUUCACCCAAACCUGGUGGUGGGUGGGACUUAUUCGGGACAGAUAGUCCUCUGGGACAAUAGGAGCAACAAACGCACUCCUGUUCAGAGAACUCCCCUGUCUGCAUCUGCUCACACACAUCCAGUCUACUGUGUGAACGUUGUGGGAACUCAGAACGCUCACAACCUGAUCAGCAUUUCCACUGAUGGCAAGAUGUGCUCCUGGAGUCUCGACAUGCUCUCCCAGCCGCAGGACAGUCUGGAGCUGGUGUUCAAACAGAGCAAGGCUGUGGCUGUAACAUCUAUGGCAUUUCCUGUGGGGGAUGUAAAUAACUUUGUGGUAGGAAGCGAGGACGGCUCAGUCUACACCGCCUGCCGUCACGGCAGUAAGGCUGGGAUCACAGAGGUGUUUGAAGGCCAUCAUGGUCCUGUGACUGGACUGAGCUGUCACAGCGCAGCAGGACCUGUGGAUUUCUCUCACCUCUUCAUCUCCUCCUCUUUUGACUGGACUGUCAAACUGUGGAGCACGAAGAGCACCCGUCCUUUGUACUCAUUCGAGGACAGUUCUGACUACGUUUACGACUCCAUGUGGUCGCCAGCACAUCCUGCUCUAUUUGCUUGUGUGGACCUAUCUGGACGGCUGGACCUGUGGAACCUAAACAACGACACUGAAGUUCCAACAGCCAGUGUUUGUGUGGAAGGAUCUCCAGCUCUCAACCGUGUGAGAUGGUCUCAUUCUGGGAAGGAGAUUGCCACUGGAGACUCAGAUGGACAGGUGCAGAUUUACGACGUAGGGGAGCAAAUCUGCGUUCCCAAAGCAGAUGAGUGGACACGGUUCGUCAGGACGCUGGCAGAAAUCAAUGAGAACAGAGACGAAGCUGAGGAACUGGCUAACGUCUGAUCCUGUAACUCCCUUAUUAGCCUUUAAUAAAUCCCUUUUUAGUACACUACACAUCUAUAGCACAUUAGGUGACACGGCCAAGGGAGUUAGGCAGCGUUCACACCGCAGGCCUUAAUGCUCAAUUCCGAUAAUUUUGUGAAAUCCGAUUCUUUAGUGUGGUUGUUAACAUUUCUAAAUAUAUGCAACUUGUAUGUGAUCUCCUGUGUGAAAUUAAUUCACACAACUUAACUUUCGUGUUCCACACAUGCAGUAGAAGACACAAUGACGUCAUUAGUAGUGUGUUCUGUACGGAAGUAAACAUGAAUGGUAGUUCUGCAGAGCAUCUUGCAAUUGUUAAUUUAUUUCCCAACCUCAGUCAGUGCAUUAACAUUACAAUAUGUUCAUUAGGAUUGAAAAUAAAGACUACUAAAGAGUCAUGAAAAGAUCAGAUACAGGUUGCAUAUGUGCAAAAAAAUUGAAUUUGGAGCACUUUAGGCUGCUGUGUGAACGUAGCCUUACACUCUCUUCUCUGAUUUCCAGCUUUUCCUUCCACUAGAACGUGGGCCUGAGGAGCUACAAUGGACAGGUUUUCUUAUGGAGAGAAACAAAGGGUUAAGAGUUUGUACGAAUCAGUUGUAGUUAAAAGAUGAAUCCUAAUUCAAACUUGUAGAUUCGACUACACCCUCAGGACUCCGAAAACUGCUUUCCUCCUUAGGCCUCAACCAAUAUUUUUUUACAUAUGCAAAAACCUUUGUACUUGCACCUUUUUCUUACCAUUUGGGUGUUCUGCAUAAUAUUUUACAAACAAGCUUAUGUUUACCCUGAGUUUGGGACACUCUUCUAACAGAAAUACGAAGCGUUGAGUCGUAAAUCUUCAACAGGACAAGCUGUGGGAAUGAGUAGAAGAGUGUCACUAACAUUCUUAUCGCAACUAUAUUUAAUAUUUAUUACUCUCGCUGCACUUAUUUAAAUGUGUUAAUUGCUCUUUAAAAAAUUUUGUACAAUUUGGCAGUUAGUUUAUUCCUGCAUUAAUGACUGAUAAGUUACUCUGUACUAAAAAGCAGGAAAUGUUUGUUGACUAAAUUCUCUUGAAGAGAAUGUAAAAUAUUUAGUAAAUGAAGAUGUAUCAGUGUGGUUGUAAAGGCUUUUUUUUCCUGAUAAAGGUGCACCAAGAAAUUUUGUCUGAUUUUUAAUUUGAUCAGCUGGUUGGGAAGCAGAAAAAUAAUAGCUUGGUACUGGACAC